AUGGCCAGGCUCGCCGACUACUUUGUUGUGGUCGGUUACGACCUAGAGAAGCGAGAGGCUGAAGGCGUUGUUGUUGUGGUGAACGUCCCCGUUUGCAACAAGGACGUUUUUGCCUUCAUCCACGUGCUUGGUGAUUUCAGUGCUGCGGUUUCUGAAGUUCCCGGACAGAAAGCCCAGCUGUACCAGCCGGGCCAGGAGCAGAGAGAGGAGAGUUUGCGGACUAUAACAUUAGGUGCUGGCGACCGGCAAGUCAUCCAGACUCCGAUCAACGAGUCUCUUCCUGUCAGCGGCAGCAGUGUGGCCCAGCUCUUCAGACAGCUCGGUAUAGCCAAUGUUCUCUGUCUGUUCUGCGCCGCCCUGACGGAGCAUAAAAUCCUCUUCCUGUCCAGCAGCUACCAGAGACUAACGGACGCCUGCCGGGCGUUGCUGGCCAUCAUGUUUCCUCUCAAGUACAGCUUCACUUACAUUCCCAUCCUACCUGGAAAACUCCUCGAGGUCCUGAGCACGCCCACGCCCUUCAUCAUUGGUGUCAACUCCUUCUUCCGCUCUGAGACUCAAGAGCUGCUGGACGUGAUCAUUGCCGACCUGGAUGGAGGCACAGUUACCAUCCCCGAGUGCGUGCACAUCUCCCUGCUGCCUGAACCUCUGCUGCAGCAGACGCAGACGGCGCUCUCCAUGGUUUUGGAUCCGGAGCUGGAAGUUGCCGAUCAUGCAUUCCCCCCACAGUCCACGACACCCUCUGCUCUCAAAAUCCAGGACAAGGAGAUCCGAGCGGUCUUUCUGUGGCUGUUCGCUCGGCUCUUCCAGGGCUAUCGCUGGUGUUUACAUAUCAUCCGCAUUCACCCAGAGCCUGUGAUUCGCUUCCAUAAGGCUGCCUUCCUGGGCCAGAGGGCGUUGUCAGAGGACGACUUCCUCACCAAGGUGUUAGACGGCAUGGCGUUCGCCGGCUUUGUGUCGGAGAGAGGUCCCCCCUACAGAGCCACCGACCUGUUUGAUGACCUGGUAGCAAACCAGGUGGAGCGGAUACGACAAGAGGAGGCCUGUCCGCACAAAGUCAUGAACCACGCCAAGGAGGUUGCAGAGCAGCUCUUCAAAAACGAGAAUCCCUACCCCGCUGUGGCCAUGCACAAAAUCCAGCGACCGUCAGAAAACGGUCACAACAACGCACAGAAUCGGGCGCCUUUCCCCUUGCUGGACGACGUAGCGGUGCAGCUGUUCAUCGAUCACGCCGCUGCCAAGCUCAAGACCGCACCUCCCGCCGUCAAGCCGGAGCUCAAGAGCAUGGUGCCAUCUGGGCCGCCGCUGGGAGAUGUCGUGGACAGGAACGGCAACGUGAUGGCUAACAGCGCUCGCAGGCUGGAGGUGGUCAGGAACUGCAUCACGUACAUUUUUGAGAACAAGAUGCUGGAGGCCAAGAAGCUGAUGCCAGCGGUGCUGCGGGCGUUGAAGGGUCGGGCAGCUCGCGUGUGUUUGACUCAGGAGCUCAAUCAACACGUCCUGCAGAACCGAGCGGUCCUGGAUGACCAGCAGUUUGACUACAUCGUGCGCAUGAUGAACUGCACCUUGCAGGACUGUUCACACAUGGAUGAACACGGGAUCGCGGCGGCGCUGCUUCCCCUGGUCACAGCCUUCUGCAGAAAACUGGGAGCAGGCGUCACCCAGUUUGCCUACAGCUGUGUGCAGGAGCACAUGGUGUGGACCAACAUGCAGUUCUGGGAGGCCAUGUUCUACAGCGACGUCCAGAACCACAUCCGACACCUGUACCUGGAGACGGAGGACGGAGGGCAGCACAACAACUCGGAACAGCACGUCGCCUCGGGCAACAGAAGGGAAAUCGGCGCCCUGGAGCUGGCGUCGGAGCAGAGCCGGCUGUGGCCGACGCUCUGCAAAGAAAUGCAGAUGGAGCGCGUGCAGAAGGAGGAGAGCACGGUGUUCAGCCAGGCCAUCCACUACGCCAACAGGAUGAGCUACCUGCUGCUCCCGCUGGACACCAGCAAGAACCGGCUGCUGCGGAGCUCCGGCCUCGGAGACGUGGAGAGCGUUAGCAACAGCUACGUCACAAACAGCAUUGCAGGCAGCAUGGCGGAAAGCUACGACACGGAGAGCGGCUUUGAAGACGCAGAGAGCUCCGACGUGGCAAACUCCGUGGUGCGCUUCAUUAACCGCUUUGUCGAUAAAGUGUGCAAUGAGAGCGGCGUGACCAACGAGCACCUCAAAGCUCUCCACGCCAUGAUACCAGAUAUCGUUCAGAUGCACAUCGAGACGCUGGAAGCAGUCCACAGGGAGAGUAAGAGACUGCCUCCCAUCCAAAAGCCCAAGCUGCUAAGGCCGACUCUGCUGCCUGGCGAGGAGCUGGUGAUGGAAGGCAUGCGUGUUCACCUGAUCCCCGAUGGGCGCGAGGAGGCCACGGGGCUAAUGGGAGGUCCGCCUCUACUGCCAGCGGAGGGCGCCAUCUUCCUUACCACGUACCGGCUCAUCUUCAAGGGCACGCCCACCGAUCCACUGGUUGGAGAGCAGGCAGUCACUCGCUCCUUCCCCGUCGCCUCGCUGACGAAGGAGAAGAGGAUAUCGGUCUCGUUAACGAUGGACCAGUUUGUCCAGGAGGGGCUCCAGCUGCGGUCCUGCACCUUCCAGCUUAUGAAGAUUGCAUUUGAUGAGGAGGUGGCGUCUGAUCUGGCGGAAGUUUUCAGGAAGCAUUUGCACAAACUGCGUUACCCUCAGCACGUGCAGGGCACCUUCGCCUUCACUGUGGGGCAGAGUGGCAAAAUGGUGGUGGAGCACAAGACGAAGGACAAGAACCAGUCGCUCAAGACUCUUUCCAAAAACCUGGUGAAGAGUGCCAAGAGAACCAUCGGCCGCCAAUAUGUGACCAGGAAGAAGUACUCUCCUCCCACCUGGGAGAACAGGAGCAGCCUCCAGUCAGAGCUGGAUGAAGAUGAGAUCUCAGUCUCAGAGGAAGUGGACCAGAGCUCCCUGACCCUGUCCUCCACCAUCCGCUCGUCGGACAGGCAGACCAUGAGCAACGUUGUAGAGCGAGCCUGUUGUCGUGACUACCAGCGUCUGGGUCUGGGGACGCUUAGUAACAGCCUGACGCGGUCUAAGAACGAGCCCUUCAGGAUCUCCACCGCUAACCGCAUGUACACCGUGUGCAGGAGCUACCCCGGCCUGCUGAUCGUCCCUCAGAGCAUCCCAGACUCAACUAUCAACAGAAUCUGUCGCUGCUACCGGCAGAACCGCUUCCCCGUGGUGUGCUGGAGGAAUUCACGGACCAAGGCCGUCCUGCUGCGCUCGGCGGGGCUUCACGCCAAGGGGGUGGUGGGCUUCUUCAAGUCUCCCAAUGCCCCCACUGCAGUGCCCUCUCAGGCCGACUCCACCAGUCUGGAGCAGGAGAAGUAUCUCCACGCCAUCAUCAGCUCCAUGCCUUCUUACAGCGAGAAUAGUGGCAGAAACACGCUGAGCGGCUUCACAUCCACACACAUGAACACCUCCGACUCAUCAGACAAGCUGAGGCAGCCCAAGAUCGGAGCGCUGAUGAAGCAGGUGAUGGGCGCCAAGGAGGACGCUCCUGGAACCUUCAGCAGAGGAGCUCUGGGUCAAAGGGCCAAAGUCAUCUCCCUCUCUCAGCCCAAAGUGUCUGGCAAGGCCAGGAACCCUCCUAGAGGUAAAUGGGGCAGCAUCCGAGGCAGCGGGCGUCUAAGUGCCUACAACCCAGAUGUGGGGACACGUCUGGCUGGGAAAGAGUCUCCACAGCCCAACGGGGGGCCGAGCGAGGCCAUGUUCCUCCGCCAGCAGAAGGCGUACCUCUACAUCAUCGGGGACAAAGCUCAGCUCAAGGGAGGGAAGCAGGACUCGUUCCAGCAGUGGGAGGUGGUCCCCAUCGAGGUGUGCGACGUGCGGCAGGUGAAGAACAGCUUCAAGAAGCUGAUGAAAGCCUGCGUACCGAGCUCCUCGACCUCCGACCCCAACAUGAGCUUCCUGCGCUGCCUGGAGGAGUCCGAGUGGAUGGCGCUGCUCCACAGGGUGCUGCAGGUGUCUGUGCUGGUGGUGGAGCUGCUGGACACGGGCUCGUCAGUCAUGGUCAGCCUGGAGGACGGCUGGGACGUCACCACGCAGGUGGUGUCCCUGGUGCAGCUGCUCUCUGAUCCCUACUACAGGACAUUCGAUGGUUUCCGGCUCCUGGUGGAGAAGGAGUGGCUGUCGUUUGGCCACCGCUUCAGCCACAGAGGAGCUCAGACGCUGGGCAGCCAGAGCAGCGGCUUCACCCCCAUCUUCCUGCAGUUCCUCGACUGUGUGCACCAGAUCCACCUCCAGUUCCCCAUGGAGUUUGAGUUCAGUCAGUACUACCUGAAGUUCCUGGCCUACCACUACGUCUCCAACCGCUUCCGCACCUUCCUGCUCGACUCGGACUACGAGCGCAUCGAGCUGGGCGUGCUGUACGAGGAGAAAGGCGAGAGGAAAAACCCUCAGGUGUGCAAGUCUGUGUGGGACUACAUCGACAGGCUGAACAAGAAGACGCCCGUCUUCUACAACUACAUGUUCUCUCCUGAAGACGACGAGGUGCUGAGGCCGUACACCUUCAUCUCCAACCUGAAGGUGUGGGACUUCUACACGGAGGAGACGCUGUCCGAGGGGCCGUCCUACGACUGGGAGCUGAGGGGCCGGCAGGAGCGCGCGGCCGAAGACACGCCGGAGAAACCCGACACCAGCGGGCCUAAAUCUCAACGCCACAUUGUGUGGCCGUGCUACGACAACCUGACCAAGGUGGUGCCCGACGCCAUCACCAAGCUGCUGCAGGACCUGCAGAGUCUGGAGGCCGAGCUCGGCCAGGCGACGGAUAAGUGGAAGGACACGUGGGAUAAAAUCAAGACCACGCAGAGGACGGAGACCAAGCUGGAGAGCAAGCCUUCCUUCUCCAGCUCGCUGCUGAUGUCAUCCAACCUGAGCCAUCAGCGGCGUUCUCAGGGCGUUUACCUGCAGGAGACCGGUGUGGGAUCCUCCAUCAACCUGGCUCUGGACUGCGAAACCAGCGCCACGUCUACGCCCGUCCCCGGUCGGCCGAGCACCAGCACCCUCUACAGCCAGUUCCAGAGCAGCGAGAGCGAGAACAGGAGCUUUGAAGGCAUUCUCUUCAAGAGAGGGGCGUUGUUGAAACCAUGGAAACCGCGGUGGUUUGUGCUGGAUAAGACCAAACACCAGCUCAGAUACUACGAGAGCAGGCAGGACAAGGAGUGCAAAGGAGUGAUCGAUCUGGCUGAGGUGGAGUCUGUCACCGCGGGAACGCCCACCAUGGGAGCGCCAAAAAACAUUGAUGAGAAAGCCUUCUUUGAUCUCAAGACGACCAAACGAGUGUACAACUUCUGCGCCCAGGACAGCCUGAACGCACAGCUGUGGAUGGACAGUGUUCAGAGCUGCCUGUCAGACGCAUAGAGGCGAGCGGCGAGGGGAGGAGCCUGUGACCACCGUGCUCUGUGUUGAACUAAUGACUUUGCGUCACAAUGUUUCAGUGUUUUUGUUAUAAAAAGAAAAAACACAAAAAACCACUCGCUGUCGUAGCUGCAGCAUGAAGAUCCUUCCAGUAAACCGCCCUCCUCCCCUCCUACUAACCUCACUGCCCUGCCGCACACUUUGGGGAGGAAUGACGGAGGACUGCAGUCGGCCCGGCCUCGUACGGACUUCCAGGGCCCGACGGCUUCUUCCUCUUCCACUGCCUGACGCGGCGCUCUCACGGCGCAUUCAAAGGAAGUUCAAGAGGAAGCGGCUGCAACGAGGGGGCUCGUCAGCGGUUCAUGAAGGAUUUCCUUUCAGUUUUUUUUGCUUUUUAAAAAUCUCAAAUUUGUUCCAGGAGGAGGUCAGCGCUCCUCCACGCGUGGCAACGACACACUGUGAACGCCAUGAACCGCUCGAUCAAAGAGCCCAGCAGGUGUUGAGAGUGUCGGUGGACUCGUCACCGACAGUGUUUACAGAGGACCCUCACUACGCUGUGCGCCAACGUUCACACUCUGAAGGGAAGCUGAAGGAGGGACUGCUUUAUGAAACAGGUAGAAGGAGACCCAGGUGUGUAGAGACACCGAGUGGGAGAGGAAAACUCCCGUAUUUCUUUAACCGCUCAAAUUGUCUCGUUUCGACUCUCUGCCAUGAAUCGCUUUGUUCUCUGAUUCCCAUCGUGGUUUACGUAUCGAGCUUCCUCCUCUACGAGCGAAGCAGGUAAAUGCAGACGUGGUGACAUCGCUGCCUGCAGGGGACUCGUGUGGCGUACGCGAGGACCGAUUCAACUGAACAUUUUUAAAACACCAGAACUUUUUCUCGAUGUUGUUGUCGGCAGAAGUUCCAAAUUUAAAACACGCCUCAGCCAUCAGUCCAGACACGAGACCGUAAGAGCUGUAAGUGAAAUACUGUCGUUUCCUGCAAUGACGGCGGGGUGGUGACGGUCACACAGGCGUGUCACGAGGCGUGUCACGAGUUUCCACGCUGUUGUGUUUAGACAUGAACAAUGCAGCACGAGCGGCGUGGCCCUGGGAGCGCGGUCGGAGGUUUCAAACAUCUGUGUCUGUCCCUCCACGAGCAUCGAGCACCCCAAACCCCGCUCUGUAAAAAUGUCCUACUGCUGUCUUUGAACAGGUUUUUGUGCUAAUAACUCUUUUGUAUAUACUACUCCAGAUUUGUAUGUUUAUGCUAGUAAUUUAUUUAACUUGUCUCCUCAGUAAAGUUCCUCAAGCACCACUUUAUUUUGAAAUUAGGAAUUCAACGUGCCAUUUGUUUCUGUAUUAAUGUGACUAAUGCUUUUUGGAAAUGUAAACCCUUAGUGUCUUUUUUCUUUGUGUAAACACGGUUGUCCUUAAACAUUAACAUUAGAGUGGAAGGGGCGUGUUAGCGGCAGAGGAAGCCUCUUCACCGCGCUGCUCGCCCGCAGCGACGGGACGACGUGGACUAACAAAGGUCAGAGGUCAGGUGUUCCUGGUGCAUCGUUGUGAGAUUGAAGAUAACACAGAAAGAUUCAUACUGAUUGACGCUGAUCCUGUGAAUAAAUUAUUCUAAUAAAAUCCUUUUUUUUUUUAGUAUCCAGUCUGUUUGGCUAAUAUUCUGAUGCUCCUCAGUUUAUCUCAGUAGGAUUUGCUGGUGUUAGCGGUGCGAGCAUGAUGUUAUCAGCUACCUAUAAAAGUCUGCAGGCUCCUGCACCUCACGGUCAAAGGUCAAACAGUCUCUUCGAUGGUUUGGGUGAGGAACAGAUACCCGUGGGAGACGCUCGCUGCGUCCUCGUGUCGGCCCCAGCUCACCUUUCUCACUCUCGUUUACUCAUCUCUCAACAAGCGGCUGCAUCGCCCCAAGAAUAUGACAUCAUCAGUUUAUUUAUUUGUUGUUUUUUAUUAAAUUAGAAAUGACCUUCUGAGCCGGGUUAUGUUGUCAAUCAUGUCGAGUUUUUAGAAUCCCAAUAAAAAACUGUGGGUUUAAA